UAUUGUGUGAUCACCACUUUGUGCAAACAUAAUUAAAGGAAGAUGGGUGUGAUGAUAUUGGUAUUGUUACUAUGCUUUGCUAUGGCUUUCUCCCAGCAGAUUAAUAUGAUAGAAGUGGAGAAACGAGCUCUGCUUCAAAUCAAAUGGUGGGAUUUUAGCGAUCACUUCUCGGACGACCCUUGUCACUGGGAAGGUAUAUAUUGCAAUGACUUUGGAAGCGUUACUGAGAUGAGGCGGCCAAUAAUCCCUUCAAAGCACUGUCGGCUAGCAGAUCUCAAUCUCACUGCAUUUCCCAACCUACAACAUUUGGAUCUUCAUGAAAUGGGUUUGAUAGGCGCUAUUCCAACUCAGAUAGCUACUCUUCAUAACCUCAAGCUUCUGAACUUGUCUCAUAAUAAUCUUACAGGUAUCAUUCCAACUCAAAUUGGAGCUCUUCAUAAUCUUACCGGUUUGGACUUGUCUAACAACAAUCUUAUUGGUACCAUUCCAACUCAAAUUGGAGCUCUUCAUAAUCUUACCGGUUUGUACUUGUAUUACAACAGUCUUAUUGGUACCAUUCCAACUGAAAUUGGAGCUCUACAUGGUCUUAUCUCUCUGGACUUGUCUAACAACAACCUUAUUGAGCUUGCAUACACCUUAGUUGUGAAUGAAAAAUGUGAUGUUUAUAGUUUUGGAGUGGUGACAAUGGAAACAAUCAUGGGAAAACAUCCAGGAGAUUUGAUAUCAUCUUUGUCAAAGACAUAUUCUGAAAGUAUUUGGCUAAAAGAUGUGUUAGACCCACGUAUCCCACAGCCAUCAUGAAAAGAUGCACGAGAUGUGACUCUUUUGAUCACAAUAGCAUUAGCAUGCUUGAAUCCAUCUCCCCAGUCUCAGCCAUCGAUGCAGCAUGUGUCUCAAAGGUUUUUAUCCUCCAACAUGCCAUUAGCCAUUCCUUUUAAUGAUAUUUCGAUUCAGCAUUUGAUGAAUCAAUAUGUGCAAAUAAUGUAGUCUAAUAAAAAGCUAGUAGACUUGGCUUUAUAUUUGCUUUUUGAGGCAGAUGUAACCUUUAGUUAGGAUUUUCCAUAAAGUCUAGAUUUGAACUUUGAACUUAGCCAUA